CCUUUCGAUGUUUUUCUGCUCGUUUCUUCCAACAGACUUUCUCACACGGAUUUUAGCUCCAUCCUUUCGCAUUUCUGUAGUUGGUACUUUUCAUUCAUCGGCAACGUGAACGAGGCCUCAACGGGUAAUCGGGCAACUCGCGUGAAACUUUUUUUGGUCAGGUUUGAAACCCCGCUACUCCUGCGCAGUCCAACUUUCGUGACGUUUGCCAUCCCUCUGGCCGUGCACCUCGUUCCUUCCAGCUUCAAGCGAACGCGGAUAUUCGAACGCAACCGAGCCUGUACCAUAAAUUCCUACAGUAAACCACUGUCACUUUAACAUCCCUUUUUGCCCCGUUUUUGAAGCAUGAACCUUUUCGAUAUUCAACCUCAAGUGGGAUUUAUUACCAAUCAUUAUACCAGCGGUCGUUUCGAUAGCCAGUUUCUUGACGAAGCUUUUGCAAUCAACGACGUGCGUGAGUCUCCCAUCAAAGACUCUGGAAAUCCAUUUUUCAACGACGACAUGACAGAUGACCUAGGUUUGCUGAAGGACGUAGAGGACGACGUGGAUUUUAACAUCCAAAGGGUUCUUGCAUCUUCCUCAAAAAGUAGUGCUUCUGGUAAUGCAGUUGCAGGCGUCCAUGAUAACACUCCUCUGAUGUCUCCCGCUCCCUCCGCCGUACCGGAAUUCGCAACCUCGGCGUUCGCUGUAGAUGGGCCUGUAGCUGAACCUGACACCCCCUCUGAAAGCUUGAUUGAGUUUGAAGAGAGUGUGGCCGUAACUGGUGGCGCAGAGUGUACGUCCCUCCCACUCGAUAUGGGUAAAUCUCUCGCAGUAGGCGACGCUCAGUCACUGUCACAGAACGGUGCGGAAGGAAAAAUGGCGGCCGUCAUAGAUGCGCAUACUUCCAUUGAGCCUAAAGGGUUGCUAUUGACGGAACCAAUACAAGAAGGGGAUGCUCAGAUUGUCCACCAAGCUAGUAUUGGGAGACCAGAUGAUGCACGGGGUGAUACAGGGUCGACGACUGACAAUGGUUUCCAAGGGUUUGGUUCAGGGCUUGGUGAUGGAAGCGGUGAAAGUGAUUUGAUUGAGUAUGUUGAAGAGGACGACGAGGAGAAUGAGGAUGAGCACCAAUCCGGUGACACACCCAAGGUUACAGAGGAUGUCCUUGAAGGCGAGGCCCAAAGCUCAGACGCAUUCGAGUAUGCCCCCCUUCCGUGCGUGCUUUUGUCAUAUCGUGGGGAAGUCCACGCCCUAUUCAAUGUGUAUCAGGACGAUCUCGAUCUCAAGCCGAUCUUUGACGACGAACAACAAGGUCCAAUUUUGUUUGAGAGUCAGCUAACUUCAUUUAUUACAGAAUUGAAGCACCAUUUUGAAAUCGAAUCGGACAUCAGUCUAGAGAUCCCUGCCUUGGAUCUGACUUUGCAUGAGGAAAUGAACUACGCACAGACAUUAUCACUGAAUAGACUGUACGAGUUUUACAUGGCAUCUCUGGCUCAGCGCGGCGAGCCAAUGUUCCCCGAAAAGCCGUUUAAAGUUAAUCUUAUCGAGCACGGCUAUUCACUAGAACAGCGACUUUCGGAUCUUGUCGCAUUAGCAGCCGAAGCUGGCUUUCCAGCUACUUUCGAUGAGCUUGAUGACACCACAUCUGGCGACGGGAUUCAAAGCGAAAACUACCAACGCGCUGAUGAAACUUUGGAAGAGGAGACUUUUCGCAUUGAUGACAGCCAAGUAAGUGGCUCCGAUCAAGAACGGGUAUUUGACGCGCAACCUGGUCUGGCGACACCGACCAGCUUAAAUGAUACGGAAAAUCAAGGGAACGCUGGUAUCAACCAAACUAACAGCACAUCCAAUGGCUCAUCGCCAACAAGAACGAAUAAGCGAUUAUCUGAGGAUUCUGGAUACGAAGGUGAAGUCAAGCGAGCUCGUAUCUAACCCGGCAGGAUUUGUUUUCCCCUACUCUAUAUACCUUAAUCCUUUGGCUAAGGUGCGGCACCUGGGUUGCAUAUCUUGUAGCUCAGCAAAGGCAUCCACGCACUGGCACCAAAGUCAGCCACUGUUCUCGACUUUCCCAACGAGAGUGGACGUAAUUGUAUAUACUUGGUGUGCAGCAGAUGGUGGAUAAGUGUGGGGAUAGGGCAAUGGGCAAUGGUCCAUUUCCUUGCAACUGUUUUUCUCUAGUCGAUGGGCUGGGGAAGACGGUUGGGUGAUGUAGGUGUAGAGAGCGUUGUCGUUUCGCGUGAUUUGCUUCUUUUUUCCUGCAUUUCUUUUUUUCUAUUUUUGCAAAUAUAUUACUCUGAUAAGCGUCUCCCUG